UUUACUAAUUUCAUUUCAUAAUGUUGUAUUGUCACGAUGAUGAUGACUUUUUUGAUAAGCUUGACCAGUUACUAGGAGCUGAGAACAGUGUGCCGUUGAUUCAGAUUGUGAAGUUGAUCAACGUAGACAUUAACGAGAUUCUAGUCAAUUACAUCACAAAUAAGAAAAAGUUCAUCUACUCCUACUUCGAUUUAUCCGUCUACCAAUUUGAUAAUAAUGACAUUUUAUUAACGUAUGAGUGGAAUGAGUUUAAGAGUAGGCUGGUGAAGUCGGUGGAGGAUAAGGACAUAAUUAAGACUUUGUUAUCCAGUGACCUGGUCAAGUUUACUAAAUUACUACUGGACAACGUUAACUUUAACGUUGUCUACAUCUUUGAUAAUUUCAACGAUAUUAUCCAGAAUAAACUCCUAAUUAACAUUUUAAAGCUUCACGAAUACGUCUACGAUGGGAUAAACACCUCUGUAAACACGUCCAACAAGUUAAUUGUUAUGCUGGUAGGGAAGUAUGAGAUACCGAUAAAUUACCAGUAUAACAUCCCAAUAAUAAAAUUAUAUUACAAGUCGCCAAAUAAAUCAUUCCUGACUAAUUAUAUUCAUCAAUACUAUAAUAAAAGAAUAAGUCUAAGUUUUAUCAAGUACAUUGUCAGCAUACUAUACAACUACUACAACAAUGACAUACACUCACUUCUACUCUAUACCAAUAUAUUGUAUAAUAUUUAUAAUGCGAUACCGAAUACGUCGAAUGUGAGGAAUAGCAAGACGCUUGGAAUAAAGUUGAAUAGUAGCCAGGACCUCUACAACUCAAUUGAUAAAUUCAUCCACAAUGUUAUUAUCAAUUACAAGACCAGAUUUGUCAAUCAUAUUACAUCGGGUUAUACAUACAACACAUCCACUGGUAGUAACAUCACUUCUACCACUUGUUCUACAACCUGUUCCAGCACUAACAAUUCUGACAAUCCAACUCCAAAGAACAUAUCAAAGGACACACCAAAGAACAUAUCAAAGGAUACGCCAAAAGACUUGAAGAAUAGUUUAAAUAAAGUUAAUCCCGAGGAGGCUCAAAUACCUUCUAAUCUAUUGGAUAAAUCGAAGUUAGAACAGAAAUUCGCAGGAAUUAGUACACAUUCGGAAAAUUCAACUGGGAAAAAUGAUUUGAAUUUGUUGUGUAAGAUAAUAUUAAUUUCAAGUUAUGUGUCGUCGAUAUAUAACAUUAACGUGGUGAGUCAGUAUAAUAAAAGGUACAAACAAGUGACUAGCGUCAACAGUGUGUCAAGUAACAGCACUAGUAACACUUUUAACCUCAAGUAUCUCAUGGCAAUACUACAACUCAUUCUCAUCCUACUCGACAUUAAAAUCAAAAUCACAAACCAAUUCAUCUACUACAACUUGUUUUGGUUGAUUGAGGAGGGGUACAUUUAUAUAAUAAAUAAUAAUAAUAACAUAAGAAUGGAAAAAGGGAAAAGCGGAUUAAUAUUUAAUAAUUUAAUAAAUGAAAAUGAAAGCACGGGAAAUGGCAACAAGGACGAGAGUGAUUUAAUACUGUUGAAUGGGAAUUUGAAGUUGUAUUUGAAUGUCUCAAACGAGUUCAUAUUCCAACUCUUCAAACAAGUUAAUUUCGAUCCGAAACUACUCAAUUUAUAAUUUCCCUACCCUAUAUCAC